AAAUGGUAAAAAUAAAAUUGAACCCGAAGUAUAUGCCAAAAAAUAUUGAAAGGUAGUACAAUUCAGAACGCGUUGUAUAUUAUUCCCAAAGGAAACGACGACUGUUGAAAUCCAGCUUCCCAUGUCCACGUUCUGUAGUGCCGUUUCAGUGACCGCUGGCACAUCGGGCCACGGUCGCCGUCGAUCGGGAGGACCUGGAGCAGGCGCAUCCUCAGUGGAGGACACUGGUGAGAAGACCAUUCCCGAUCAGUUGGCCUUGGCAGCCAGUCGUCGAGGGUCUGAUGAACGUGGUUACCCCAGACGUGGAUCGGUGAUACACAGCAGAUCUAAGGAGGCGCCCAGCAAAGAUUACAGCUACGGCCAGGUGGAACUUAAUCUCGUGCGCCCGGAGCAGGAUUCGCAACCGAAACUUAUUCUGAGCACCACGACCGCAGCAUCCGGAUCGGGAGCCGCCGUCAAUCUCGAGGAUUCCCAAUCGGCAGCUGAGUACGUGGCCAAUGCCAUCAAGUUGGCCUACAAACAGCCGGUGCAGAUUCCGCUGAAGAAUCCUAGCCAAAUUCAGAAUCAAAACGAGAAUCCUAAUCAGAACCACAUCCAGGCGCAUAGGGAUCUGCAGGUAUCGACCCAGAGGAGUUACCAGGAGCCGAGGAGGGACAGGGAUAGGGAACUCGUGGAACUGCAAAUGCAGAAGGAACUGCAAAUGCAGAAGGAACUGCAGCAGCAGGCAUUGAUCCUGGCUUCGGGACCCUCGUCGUCAUCUUCCUCGGGAUUGGGAUCGGGCUCCUCCUCCGUCUCUUCACCACCCUCGCCCGCGUUAGCACCUGCUCCUGUCUACGAAAAGGAACCCGUCACACGGAGCUACGAACUCUACCAACCCUCCACCGAGGGGGAAUCCCAUGCCCAGGGCCAGGACCAAGACAUCGAACGCCACUACCGUCCCAAGUAUAACCACAACUACAACAGCUACAACGCCCCCUAUCAGCCAACGCAAGUCUACAGAAAUCUCGAAGCCGAGGCGGAGGAAAAGGUCCGCGUUUCGGCCUCCACGGAAAUUCCAAAAUCGGAGAUAAUGAAGCAAAUUGAAAAGAGCGUAAUCAAGUACAUGAAAGAGUUGGAGGCAGAGGGCAAGAUCCUGAGUACUCCCCAAGAGUCGGCCACGGCUCCGCCACCUCCGCCGCCGCCCCCGAUCACCAAGACCUACUACAAGUCGCAGCCACUGCUUUCAUCCGGUAUUCGUUCCGGAUCCAUUGCCUCCUCGCACUCCGAGGAGAAGCGCUACAGCAGCAGUACAGUGAGGCCCAAGUACACGGCACCACCGCCGACGAAGCAACAGCAGCUGCACCACCACCAGCACCAGGUGCACCACUUACAGCAGCAGCAGCAGCAGCAGCAACAGCAGGUGCACCACACCCACCAAAUUGCGGGCAAGUUGAGGAGCUCCUCCUCGUUGACCAAUUCCAAACCAAUUCAGCACUUUCAGUCCGAAACGGAAACCGCCUAUCAGGCACCCGACCUACCCGUCGACGAACUGAGUCCCAAUGUGGAGUUCAUUUACAAAAUCAAGACCCGGGCGCCCCUGCAAACGGCCACGGUGAAGACCGUCUCCAAGCCCUACACUCUGCCCCUGAAGAGUGCCGAGCACUUUGACCAUGGUGCGGCUCUGAAAAAUAUCGAAGAAUUCGAUCUAUCUCACGUAGUACCCACUCCAGAUCGUGUGGAACGAGAACGGGAGCGGGAGCGGGAACGGGAGCGAGAGCGCGAACGGGAACGCGACUCCCGGGAGGAUCAGGAAAGGCUUACCAACUCGGGUAAGCCCCACAAGUUGUACUUCAAUUCGGAGAUCUACCACGACAUCAAUGCCCUGCCCUACAAAAGCAAAGAGGCCGCUCUGCAGGAGUAUCGCCACAAGCUCAAGGCAACCGGUUCGUCGGGGGAACUGCAUCCGGAUUACAAGGGCUACUCCUCCGGAUACUUUGCCGAACCGGAGGCGGACGUGGAAAAUGAGUCCAAGCUGAUCCUGAACGAAGAGGGUUAUCCCUACCACUAUGUGCUCAAGAAGGAAACCCUGCUGGAUGACCAUGAUCCCUGGUUGGAGCAGCAGCCUCUACGCCUGACCCACGGCCACGCCCACCAGCACGCCCAUGGCCACGGCCACAAUAGCAACAGCAAACAUCCCAGUCUGGAAUACGACAGCUACAGUCCGAAAUUCAAUAACAAUCCCGAGGGCUAUGGCUAUCAGCACACCUACAAGGUCAGAGGUCAGGCGGGCGGAGGCGGCGGGGGUUCGGGAGGCGUGGCCGUUUCAGGGGGCGCCGCAGGGGCGGCGGCUGGGAAGCGCGGCAAACGUGGGGGCGGUGUCCAUCCCAGACAAGAAGCGAUUAAGAAGCAACUGCGUGCGUCGGAGGUCAAGGAUUUGGAAGCCAGUUUGGCGCUGAGACCACCUCCCAAAUAGUUAUCCCUCGAUUUUUCGGUUACACACCAAUUUCCUCCACCCUCGUAGCUGAUUUUAUGCCAGAGUUUCGUGCUUGGUUGAUUGUAUAUGCUAUUUUUUUUUUAGAAUCUAAGAUUAAGUAUGACUAUUUAUUGUAUGGCCAACUGCUGAACGAGUAGCCAA